UUGGCUUUAUAUCUGUUUGCAGUGCAAAAGCUUCAGCCAGUUCUCCAUUUGCAAUGAGACGAUAAGCACGAUCCUGAUUUGGGCUGCUGCUUGUGGAAUAACCUGGAAUAAAACACUCCAUUUUUUUAUUAUGAGUCGUGGGGCUGUGGGGGGGGAAGCAUUUUAAGCGUCAUGUCAAAUAGCAAGGCAUUGUCUUUCCUGACCUUACCCGGUCAAGCUGCUUUGACCGCCGGGGCAGCGGCUGCGGCCGCAGAGGGUGACAACAGCUCCGCUUUUGAGGAGGAAGACGAUGAGGAAGAGGCGUUGCGCUCCCGUCUCCUGCCCAAGUCCUCGCCGAUCCCGAGGAGGCGAGGUUUAUCACUCGUAACCGACGCUGCGGAGUACCUUUUGACGCAGGUACCUAGUCUAAACAGGAAAGUCUCGUUCGCGGACGCGGAGGGGCUCGACUUGGUGGAAGUGAAGUUUUUUCACAAGUUUGACGAGCCUGAAUGCUCAAGUGAGAGCGACGAAGACGCUGACCUGUCCAAUUUCGGGGUCCGCCCGACUGAGACCAGCGCCCGCGUUACCUCGCCGAUUUACCAGCUGUCUCCGGCUUUUGUUUUGCCGACCGAGAGCAGGUUUUUGGAAACCCUGCGGGCUCAGAAAGUCGCCGUUGAGGGUGUUUCGUCGACUGACGACCCUCUUUCAGCACUGGUGUUGAUCCGAGUCCUGAACGUCUCUUAUCAAAAGUCGGUUUAUGUACGCUCCACCAUGGACAACUGGUCGAGUUACUUCGACCACUUUGCCGAUUACGUCCCGGGCUCCUUCGACGGCGAGACCGACCAGUUCACUUUUAAAUUGAUGUUCUCUCCCCCGUUUCUAACUGACGGCGCCCGUAUAGAGUUUGUGGUCCGGUAUGAGACCCCUGAAGGAGUUUACUGGGCAAAUAACGGAGGGCAGAAUUACGCGGUGAUUCUCAAAGUCUCCCCGAAUGAGGCUCUCCAAAGCGGGGACGACUCAGCAGGAGGGGACAGACAAGGGGAGGACAAAGAAAAACGACCGAAAGGCAUUUUGAAGCCGGCUGUUCAGAACAGAUUUGAAGCUGUAGAUCAGGAGAUGGAAGACAUGGACAAUGGAAUAAACAGGAGGUACAAUGGUGUGGAGGCAGGCAAACCACCACCAGAAAUUCAAAUAGAGGAUGUGUUUGUGUCAAGCCCUUCAUCCAAAACCAAGGACAUCAACACAGACCCACAUUCAAUUUUAACAGAGGCCACCCCGCUACCAGUACCCUCAAAUGAGCCCCCCACCUGCCCGGGAUAUUCCCUAGAGACUACCCCCAAGACCACCACAGAGGUAUUAACAGUGAUCCCUCAAACCAAGAGUUCAGAAGACACAACAAAACUACAGAACCUCACCUUCAAACCCAGCCAUACAAGUACCUUUGCAGAAGUGUCCAAACAUGCCAACCCAGGUAGUGACUGGAACCUUGAACACCUUAGCGCGGGUAUCGCCUCUAUUUUAGGCACCCCAAACCUUUCAGUUGCUCCGAUCGUCCAAGAAAGGGAAGAAAGUCAACCGGACAGGCAAACUAAAGCUUUCGUUCCGGACCCAGAAGUCUCAAAACGCGCCGUGCCUGCGACCUUCCCAGAACAGAACCCGGAAGACCAAGGGAGAUCCGAACCAUGCGCUGAGAUUUUAGGGACAGGAACGAUUGAAAACACGGAACAGGAAGUGAACGAGGAAGACGGAGGAACGUUUCUAGAUUCACACACGGGAAGUGAAGAGAUUCUCGAAGAAGAAACCGAGAAGUCCUCAAUACGGGCAGGUGAGGAUGUCAGCGAAGGGGGAAUGGGAAACAGAGAUACUUUCACCAAAGCAACUGAAGACAUCCUACUACAGCCCUCCCGGGAAGAGUCGGGAACACUGCUUGACGAUGGUAUAGGGAAGAUGCUGGAUCUAAUCGAAGCGGGGCUUGAAUUAUCGCUAGAGGAUGUCUUAUCCAGUUCCACGGAAAAGAAGCAGAAACCCAGAGAGAGUUUUGGACAAAGAGCGUUCGAAGCUGGGAAACCAAAAAUUGAAGAAGAUCCUUUCCAGGCUUGCGGUGAAGAUCUCUUCGGGAUGAUGGUCUGUUCUUGGCCUCAUCCUGGAGCGACCAGAGCAGGCCCUAUGGGAGAAGAUGCCUCGUUGGCAAGCCUGCUGGAACCUGAAAAUUUGGUACCUCCAACCGUGCCCGAAACAGGAACUGGACAGGAAAGUGACGAUGUUGAAGAUCUGAGCGACGUAGAAUGCAUGAAGGACAACCAGUUGGAUUUAGCUAAAGAUGUCCAGGAGAUGACAACAGCCAGGCGACCCGUGCUUUUCAAAGGCCUUGAUCUUCCCGCAGUCCCAGAGACAAGAGGUUCACCAGAAGGCGCUUUAAGCGAUUUGGAGACUCAGAGAGACAGCCAAACACUUCCUGCCCAACCCCAAAGCGAGAAUGGGAACCUGGAGUCUCCUGGCUGCAGGGUAGACACCCAAGAGUUUCUCCUGGCUAGGAACCGCGGUUCCGGUGACCGGGGGGUAGGUCCUAAACUGGAGACAUCGCCACCAGCAGCACCAUUCAGAGAGGUGGAUCACAGACUCAACCAAGCUCUCAGCUUCUUCUUCGCCUGUUGGUCUUUGGUGAUCAUCAUGGCUGCGGGCUUCUAUCAUCCCACUGUCUUCCUUGUAGUUGGGCUUUACCUCUUGAGCCUCUGCUUCUGAAGGAAGAUGUCUGUACAUGUGUUGCUACUUUGUCUGCUGUUUCCAUACUGAAGCCACAGGUGUGAUAAUACAAACUUCCCAACCCCUUCAAGUGUGUUUCCUGUUACUGCUUCUUAAGAACGGGCAGCCAGUGCUUAAAUCAGUGCCGAGACAUACUCAUGCUAUGAUUUGCUCUGAAAUGCAUGCCGUAGCAUUCAGGCAUACCAUAAUGCACCAAAGGUUUUCUAAAAAUUCUCAACACACUACUAUCCGUUCGGCAAGUUCUUGCGCGAGCUAAAGACGGAGCAGGUCUUGCUGCCAUUGGCGUUCACGUUCGUUUUUUGGUACUUGGCUGCUGAGUGACGUGGGAAGCAUCGCUCUGCGUGUGCUUGUGCUGCGGUGUGUAAUGUGAUGACAGAGCAAUGGCCGGGCAGAGGGGUAUGGAUCUGUACCUGGAGAGAGAAUAUAUCCAGAAGCUAGCGGUGUUCUAGCGGUUGCUUUUAAUUUAUUUUUCCACGCAUACUGCUGUUUCAUAUAUGAUGUGGAAUGCAUGCUCGUAAAACUUGUAUCACCAGGACAGCACUCUUUCAACUUGUGAUGACCUUAAAGGUGUGGUCCUUAAGAACAGUAAUAUUGUCAAUGCUUGCGCCCCGGCGCCUUUCUCUGUACAAAUGAUGCACUGUGGGUAACCCUUAAAGCUCUAAUAGGCGCCCCAAUAAAAACCUGGUUUGACAAUUCA